AUGCCUCUUUCAUUCCCCAUCUUCACUGAUUCUCCAGAGGUCCUUCAAAAGAGUCUCAGCGGAUCUACCAAACCACAAUAUGUGAUUUUUUUCGCCUCCCUCAAGCCUGAGACAAACGAAUCUUGGUGUGGAGAUUGUCGAAGUGCGGAAAGUCCCUUGACUGAGAAGCUUCAGAUGGCUGCAAAGGAGAAUAGGGUUAAGCUUAUCUAUGGUGGAUCUCAGGCUGAAUGGAGAGAUUUAUCACCGGGAAAGAAAAGUCUUUGGAGAGAUGAGCCAUGGGGUAUUGAUAGAUUGCCUACUGUGGUGAAGAUUACUGGGGAGAAAUGGGAGAAAUUGAUCGAGGAAGACUGUUAUAAUGAAAAGAAGUUGAGUGCUUUUGUUGAGGAAUAG